AUGGAGGAAAGUACACAGUGGACGCGAUUGGAGGGCAGUGAGGCUGCUGUGUCGGGGGCGGUCGCGCGGCAACGGCCGCAGGCGGCCCAGGCGACAGCGGCCGGCCUCGCGCCGCGCCCCCGCCGCCCCGCCAUGCGCCUCCUCUUCGACGACUACCACGAGGCGCCCUCGCGCACGAUUCAAGGCAGACUGACAGUGGAAGGAGGUUCAGAACCAGUUGUCACACGUAUGCGGCUGCCGGUACAUCGGCCAUUGGCCCAUUGUGCUGGUCAUCGCUACCAUAUCUUCGUCGCGGGCGCGCGCCUGAGCAGAGACCUGCAGAUGGUGAACCUCGUCCUGCGCAUUGAGCACGGGGCCCUGCUCACGUUCGCCGCUAUUACCGGGGAGCCGCUGCUGCUGGCGCCGUGGCUGGCUGUGGAAAGCGGUACGUUGCUGGUGGGCGGGCUGUCGCUGGCGCACUCUGCGGGCCAGCAGGCCUUCUCCGGCAAGCCCAUCGAGCUGCGCCUGCACUGGGGGCCCACCUGCAACCUGCUGUGGCGUCUUUUCGGCCUCAUCCAGGUUGUCUGUUUGAUGGCCAAGCAGAUGCAUUGGUGCUGA